CGAACCUGGGUCUCUGGCGCUGUAAGGCAGUAGCUCUACUGCUGCGCCACUGUGCCACCCUGCUCUGAGGAGUUUUCCUGGGGCUGAGAUCAUGGCUUUAUCCAAUCAAAAACAAUAUUCCAGUAUUCUAGGUGGUGGAGUGCAUCCCCAUCUGAUUCCUGUUGAUAUUUGCUGUGAAAUUAUCUAAAUACUGCUUUGAUGUUUGUUUCAUCCGGUUUGAUCUCCUCUUUCAACUCAUCUAUUUUGUAUCAAGAUCGUAAUGAGUUAAGUGGUCCUGGUAGGAACCAGGCUGAUGAUCAGUAAGUCGAUUAUUUGUAAGUAAUGUUUUCCCACAUAGAUGUACCUGAUUGGAUGAGUUCUUCCAGAUCUCACCUUUUCUUUCCCUACAGAUUCCACAAUCUGCAGUCUCUUGUGCCUUCAUUUUACUGCACCAGUUUAAAGUCUCUUCAGCAGAAGUCCUCUUUGAAGAUGUUUACAACCGCUCUUCAAUAUACAGCACAGAAGAUGACACAUUGUAUCUGGGAGAAGCUCUUGAAAAAGUUUACCAAUUAGUUCCACUGCCCUGCUAUAUCUCCAAGGACCGAAAGCUAAUGUUAGAUGAAGAUGAUUUAAAGCAGCCGACCACUUGAAUGUUCUCCAUAAAAGAUUCAAGAGAUGAUGUUAAUAACGUGACUAGAUUGCCUGAAAAAAUAAGCUGUGGUAGAUGAAGAUGUUUGGAAAUCUAUUCAGGAGAAAUGCAUCCCAGAAACUAAGUGCCCUGUUGCUGAUUUUCGGGUUCAUUUGGGGUUUGGUGCUGCUUCACUUCACCUUCCAGCAGCCAAAGCAUCAAAACAGUGCAGAACUGCGUGAACAAAUCUUAGAGCUGAGUAAAAGAUACGUUCGAGCUCUCGCAGAAGAAAAUCAAAAUGCUAUAGAUGGUCCGCAUGGUGCUUCAAUGGCAGGAUAUGCUGAUCUGAAAAGGACAAUUGCUGUCCUACUUGAUGAUAUAUUGCAGCGCCUGGGGAAGCUUGAAAACAAAGUGGACGACAUGAUUGCAAGCCGCUUGACAAAUAACACCAACAGUACCAACAGCAAUUCGAUGUCUGCAGGUGCCAGUAAACAAAUGAAUAAUCAAGAGUUUUCAGAUUUGUGUGCUUUAACAUCAUUAGAUGGUUUUCCAUAUUGUGAAGGUAAAAUUAAGUGGUUGAAAGAUAUGUGGAAGUCUGAAUCUUGUUAUGCAAACUAUGGUGUCAAUGGAUCCACAUGCUCGUUCAUUAAAUAUCUCAGCGAGGUUGAAAGUUUUUGCCCCUUGCUUCCAGAAAGAAUAAAAAUGAUUGCUGCUGCUAUUUCCCUAAAACCUAAGGCCAAGAUUUUAACCAGCCUGGAUGGUUUGCUAGCAGUACUGGCUGAACACGAAGAACUUGUAUGGAUAAAACUGAGGAUAGAGAGGAUGAAGGAGAAAUGGAUAACCGCUGUGAAAGCAUUGGCUAAAAAACACAAUUUGGAAAAUCGACCACAGAAAAAGAUUUUACUUCAUUUAGGUCUUUUGACAGUGGAAUCAGGAUUUAAGAUUGCUGAGAAUGUAUUUAAAGGAGGUCCGCUUGGGGAGUUAGUGCAAUGGAGUGACCUGAUAACCUCCGUGUACUUGCUUGGUCACAACAUCAUACUUUCUACAUCAGUGGAUGAGCUGAAACGGUACUUGAGCAUUGUGACUGGAAAUAAAGAUGGAUGUCCAAUCCGAGGGGACAAGCUACUGGAUCUCAUAUACAUUGACAUUGUUGGGUUAAAACAACUCAAGUCAGUACUGGGAUCAUCCUUCACCCACUAUAGCUGUUUGUUGAGGGUUCUUGAUUCUUUUGGAACUGAGCCUGAAUUUAACCAUGCCGAAUAUUCCAAACUAAAAAAUCAUGGGUCACCUUGGGGAAAACUCAAUCUAAUUCCGAAGCAGUUUUGCAACAUGUUCCCACAUACUCCUGAUAAUAGUUUUUUGGGUUUUGUUGUGGAGGAAUAUUUUAACGAAAAUCACGCUGCUUUACUUAAUAACAUUUCAAGAACUAACAAAGCCCUGGUUUAUGGAAAACUAGCAGACUAUUGGAAGGAUAAAAUACCUUUCCUAGAUAUUGUCGGAAAAUAUGCUGAGAUUCAUGGCACAUUUCAUGAAAAACAUAAUGUCCCUUUACCCAACUACAUAAUUAACCAUGGAAUUCUAAGCAGUCACAAUCUUCAACUCUUAUUAAGAGAGAUUAAGGUUUUUGUGGGACUUGGCUUUCCCUAUGAAGGUCCCGCACCCCUCGAAGCAAUAGCGAACGGCUGCAUAUUUUUGAAUCUAAGGUUUCAACCGCCAAAGAGCCGGAAAAAUACUCUGUUCUUUCAGGGUAAACCAACAUUCAGAGAGCUCUCAUCUCAGCAUCCUUAUGCAGAAAUGUAUAUUGGGAAGCCGCAUGUUUGGACUGUUAACAUUGAGAAUUCAAGCGAAGUAGAAGAAGCACUGCGGCAAAUGAUGAAACAGGAGGUUAAGCCACAUUUACCAUAUGAAUUCACGUGUGAAGGAAUGCUGGAAAGAUUAAAUGUUUUCAUUGAAAAACAGGACUUCUGCCUUCAAAGGGAAAUAUGGCCACCUAUUAAUGCACUUAUAGUUAAAAUGGCCAAACCCUCUCAGUCAUGUGUUGAAGUCUGCCAAAAAGAACAACUAAUUUGUGAGCCUGCUUUCUUCUAUCAUCUCAACAAAGUGACUGAACUUAAGAGAUACGAGAUAAAGUGCAAAACCUCAAAAAAGGAGCAUGAUAUAUAUCUGCCAGCAUUUAACCCUCAGAACCAAAUGUGUCUACUACAGUCAGAUUAUUUACUCUUCAGCUGUGCAGGAUCACAUGAACUUUACAAUAGAAUCUGUCCAUGCCGUGAUUAUGUUAAAGGGCAGGUUGCAUUCUGCCAGGCAUGUGUGGAAGGAAAAGAGCACAAUUAAUCUGCAUGUUUACAGAAACUGAAGAAGCAACUACCUUCAAACAAUUUAACAAGCAUGAAUCCAACAGCGACAAUGCAUUGGUAAUCAGAUGGAAAAUUAACAAUGUUCUUGAAGUUCUCACUUGAACAAUGCUAGAACACAGGAAACUUAGAAAUUGACAAAAUCUUAAGAAAAUCAAAAAAUAUUGCAGAUACUGGAAAUCUAAAAUAAACUCAAAAGAUGCUGGAAAUACUCAGCAGAUCAGUCUUCAAUUCCCACAGAAACAGUGGUGGACUCCCAACUGUCUUCUAAAAUACCCCAGAAAGAUAAUUAGUUAAUGGGAACAUAGGACAGACACAAAAAUAAAUGUCUACCAUUCAGUACUAUUCAGCAAGUACAUAAUGGUGCAUACAAUAACUGCAACUCCCAUGUAGAAUAUGGACUUUCACUGCCAAGCAAAAUACUACCAACUUGCAAAUGAAAUAGAAAAGCAUUGCCAAUAGUUAAAUUAGUCAUCAGCUCAGACACUGACACGUACAACGCACAUUAAUUUAAACAUGGAGUGAAGCGCAUGUAAGCAGCAGACCAUCUGUGUUAUGAUCAAGUUUACCUAAUUGAAGAGAGCAAUCUGGUAUUCUGGUAGUUUACAAGGCAGAUAUUAUUGGGCCAAAUUUCACCAAUUAUUUGUGAGCUGGGGUACACUUUAGAUUUGCUUUAUUUCAGAUAUUGCAGAAAGGAACAAUUAUGAUUUGUUGCUAUUUUGAAAAUAAAUGAAAGGUCACCUCAACUGUACCAUUUAGUUCUUAGUUCUAAAAAUACUAGAGUUUCAUGCUAAUUCCAGAUUUAAGCACAUAAUAAGGCCUGAAAAUUUAUUUCUAUAUUUAGGGGGUUCUGUAUUAUCAGAGGCAUUGAGGAAAAAUAAAGAUUCUUGAAACUUAUGGUCAGGUGGAUUUUCCAAUAAAAUUCCCACUGACUUAUCUGAUCUGGUUAUAUUUGUAAAGGGUUAUAAUCUGCUUUUUUAAGUCAUUUUAU